AUGGGGAGACCGGCGGCCGCGCAAAUUCGCACGAGCAUGUUAGGUGCACCAGAUUAUGAUGACCCGGCAUUUUGGGAUAACAAAUUUGCCACUGGUCGGGAUGUCGGCGAGUGGUUGAACACGGGUGAGGCCCUGCUUGACCAGGCACUGCAGGACUUGGAGCGCCGGCCCGUCCACGGGCGGCCGCGAGUCUUACAUCUGGGUCCCGGCAUUUCGCAGCUAGGCACAAAGCUCCGCGAUCACUACCUCGACCGCCAAUGGGCACCCGAUGGGAUUGUCAACGUGGAUUUUUCAGCCGAGGCCGUCCGGUUAGGCCAAGAACGUGAACACCAAAGAAACCAAUCUCAAGCAAUGCACUGGGUGCGCGCCGACUUGCGCUCCUGGGAUGAUAUCUCUUCCCUCACUCGCUUUGCCCCCUUCGACGUGAUCCUCGACAAGAGUACCAUCGACUCCAUCGCUACAUCGAGAAACUAUACCUUUUCUUCUUCGGACAACUUACAUCACAUCUGCCCGGCGAUUCGGGAGACGCUGCCCUGUCAUUCGACAAUGACCCUAUCCCCAGUAGAGCUAGUGGCCUUGCAACUCGUCUCGUUGACCCAGAAAGGUAGCACUUGGAUCGCACUCUCAUACUCUACCACGCGUUUCGAUGACCUGGAAUUUCUCAAGAAGUACUGGACUAUCCGCUCCCGCACAGCCCUGAGAGCCCCAACCGGCCCUGUUUCCUCUUCCGCUUAUACACCUGAUAUUUUUCACUGGAUAUAUAUUUUGGACCGCAAGUGA